AUGAAAGCUCAAGCCCUUCUUCAAUUCCUCAGUUUCGCUGCCGCAGCGGUCCCUCCUCGCCCGGCGCUGGGCGAAGAGACUUUUUUAGUCCAGCUCGAAAAUGAGCAGAAAUGGGUAACGCAGGAGGAGAAGCGCAAUCUCCGCCUCGAAGGCACUGGCUUUAUUGAUAAGACCUACUCUUCGAACCUCGGCGCCGCAAGUCUGACAUCCGCGGCCAAGAAAUACGCAUACCCAAGCGCUGCCUCACACAGCGCAGACGUCAAGCCGCUCUUUGGCUCGUUGUCGACCGACCUCAUGAAGUCCAGGCUGACGACAUUUUCCACCUUCCAAAACCGCUAUUACAAGGGUGGGUACGGUGCUCAGUCUUCAGCUUGGCUCCUCGACAUAGUCAACACGACCCUUGUCGAGGCAGGCGUGACAUCGAGCCUGGGCGCGACUGUCGAGGCGUUCGCGCACCCGAAAUGGAACCAGGACUCGAUCAUUGACAGUGUCAACUGGAAGGCGUCCAACCAGCAGACUUCCCGAGCCCCUGGCGCUGACGACAAUGGGUCUGGCUCCAUGACGAUCCUGGAGGCCCUCCGGGUCUACCUAACGUCGCCGGAGGUCCUGGCGGGAGAGGCUGUGAACACGGUCGAGUUCCAUUGGUACUCCGCUGAGGAGGCGGGCCUUCUCGGCUCACAGGCCGUGUUUGACGCCUACGCUGCCGAGGGCCGUGAUGUUGCUGCCAUGCUGGAGCAAGACAUGACCGGGUACUCCGCUGGCAUGCAGACCGAGACACUUGGGGUCGUGACGGACUAUGUGAACAAGGAGUUGACCGAGUUCAUAAAAAUGAUCGUGGACACCUACUGUGACAUUCCCUAUACGGAGACAAAGUAUUGCAUGACUGACAACUUGACCCUCAGCUCGGAUUUUGCUUCUGCCACUGAGGCCGGCUAUCAAUCAGCGUUUGUCAUUGAGGCACCAUUCGAGAAGACUUCUCCGUAUAUACACACGGAUGGUGACACCCUCGCGACGGUUAAUUAUAACCACAUGAAGCAGCAUGGACAGAUGACUCUGGGGUUUGUGUAUGAGCUUGCCUUCACGGCAUUCUGA